AUGGAACCUGCAAAUUAUACCAAGGUGACAGAAUUUGUUCUCACUGGCCUAUCCCAGACUCGGGAGGUGCAACUAGUCCUAUUUGUUGUAUUUUUAUCUUUCUAUUUGUUCAUCCUUCCAGGGAACGUCCUUAUCAUUUGCACUAUCAGGUUUGACCCUCAUCUGACUUCUCCCAUGUAUUUCCUGUUGGCUAAUCUGGCCUUCCUUGAUAUUUGGUAUUCCUCCAUCACAGCCCCUAAAAUGCUCGUAGACUUCUUUGUGAAGAGGAAGAUAAUUUCCUUUGGUGGGUGCAUCACACAGCUCUUCUUCUUGCACUUUGUGGGGGCCUCAGAGAUGUUCCUGCUGACAGUGAUGGCCUUUGACCGUUAUGCUGCUAUCUGCCGUCCCCUCCACUAUGCUACCAUCAUGAAUCGACGUCUCUGCUCUAUCCUCGUGGCUCUCUCCUGGACGGGGGGCUUCAUUCAUUCUAUAAUACAAGUGGCUCUUCUUGUUCGACUUCCCUUCUGUGGGCCCAAUGAGUUAGACAGCUACUUCUGUGACAUCACACAGGUUGUCCGGAUUGCCUGUACCAACACCUUCUUGGAGGAGUUAGUGAUGAUCUUUAGCAGUGGUCUGAUCUCCGUGGUGUGUUUUAUUGCUCUGUUGAUGUCCUAUGCCUUCCUUCUGGCCAUGCUCAAGAAACAUUCAGGCUCAGGUGAGAGUACCAACAGGGCCGUGUCCACCUGCUAUUCCCACAUCACCAUUGUGGUGCUAAUGUUUGGGCCAUCCAUCUACAUUUACGCUCGCCCAUUUGACUCUUUUUCCCUAGAUAAAGUGGUGUCUGUGUUCCAUACUGUGAUAUUCCCUUUACUUAAUCCCAUCAUUUACACAUUGCGAAACAAGGAAGUAAAGGCAGCCAUGAGGAAGUUGGUCAACAGAUAUAUUUUAUGUAAAGAGAAGUGA